UCUUUCACGCUCUCCUCUCUGGUCUCUCCACCGUACCGUUGCCGAACGCCCUACCCACGCACGCCCUCUCUCUCUCUGAAGCUCGGUUGAAGGCUAGCUCAUUCACGACCGCGAGGCAGAAGGGGAAGGGAGAGGAACAACGGUUAGUGAUUGAUACUAAAACCCAAAAGAUAAACAAAUAAAGCAAUCAACCAAUCAGAAACUGAGAGAGAUCCAAUGGCAUCGUCAUGGUGCCUCUCUACACCCCUCGUGAGUGGUGGCACAGUGGCGGCAUCAGCAUCAGCAGCAACCUCCUCUCGCCCUCGCCUGCAGAGAAGCAGGGGAAGUGCUUCGAUGUCCCUGAUGCUGCAGGGGAUGCGUUAUCCUUCUCAGCGGAGGCAGGUCCUAUGCAUGGCUCCUGAAGAAGAGAAGAUGACUCGCCGUUCCCCUCUUGAUUUCCCCAUUGAGUGGGAAAGACCUAAGCCUGGGCGGAGGCCUGAUAUUUUCCCCCAGUUCAGCCCAAUGAAGACGCCAUUGCCCCCACCAUUACCUGCGGAUCCGGAUCCUGAAGAAGACGAGGAAGAUGAAGAAAAGAAAGAGGAAGAAGAGGAGGAUCCUGAUAAGGAGGAAAACCCAGAUCAGCCUGAGAAGUAGUAGAGAGGUUAUAUGCAAUACCCAGGCGUAGUGUUCCCGAACCCUCUGCUGUCAUGUGUCAAUUGUGGUCUGGGCUGGUCAAUAGGACCCGCUUCGAAUAGCAUGCAUGCGAAUAUUAUUUUAGCAUAUUGAUCAUGAACAGACCAAAUGUACCUCAAGCCUUGUGUGCGAGCCUGAUGACUUCACAUCCAGUCCUAUCAAAUUGCACUAUUUUCAUGGAAUCGGAUUGCACACUAGGACCUCCUGUGGUAGGAUUCGAUUGGGUCACAUGCUGCUUUCAGAGAUAGGGGCGCUUGAGUAUGUACUUCAUGGAACAACCUUCAAACGUAUUCUCAUUGUUCUAUUUCUGAUGCUGUCAUGUGGCCCAAUCGGGCCACUUGAGUAGAUUUUACCGUUCCCACCCUUUGAUGGAUAGCUAAGAACACAACGGUUAUUGCCAAGCAGGAAAAGGAAUGAAUAGAAAGCUUCCCUUUAACAAGACGUUUUCAACUAGAUGUAAUGGAUAUACUGGCAUUUAUUUGGCACGAGAAACAAGGUGAGAGUUGUAAGAUUUAAAUAACAAAAAUUUAAAUGAAAUCCAUUUUUUCA